AUGACUGCUCUUUCAACUUCUGUUCUUUCAUUCAAAACUCCUCAACCUCACUUAUUAUCUUCUGGUUCUUCUUUGAAGCCAAAAGACCAAUGCCUAUUGUGUGUUAUUCCUGGUAAUCUCUCUAGCAAAGGAAAGCCCACAACACAUAAAAGGUCACUAACGAUUCAAGCAAGUGGUGAUCGUGGCGGAUCAAGUGGUGCAGGUAUCUUCAUUGGGGGUUUUAUAUUGGGAGGGAUAGUAGCUGGAACAUUGGGUUGUGUGUAUGCUCCACAGAUAAGCAAGGCAUUAGCUGGAGCUGACAGGAAAGAUUUGAUGAGGAAGCUGCCCAAGUUCAUAUAUGAUGAGGAGAAAGCUUUGGAGAAAACCCGCCAAGUACUUGCUGACAAGAUUGCACAGCUGAAUUCUGCAAUAGAUGAGGUUUCUGCUCAACUGCAUCCUGAAGAUGCUCCCAAUGGAACUGCCGUGGCUUCAGAUGAGAUUCAAGCGUCCAUAUAA